UUUUACAACAUUUGUCCGACAAAUGCCCAUAAUACCCUCAAUGGCUCUCUGUUUUCCUCGUCCCAAAUCGAAAAUCCGCAAAACAAGGGCUGAUUUUGGCAUCUCAUUCUUUAGAUAUUUAUUCAUUUAUAGUACCACCUGAUUCAUCUAUGAUCAACCGUAAAUAACGGUGGCAGCGCUAAAUCCAAUCCAAUAUUAGAAGAAAAAGAAAACCCGCGGAAAACGUGCUAGCACACAUCAAUAAAAGUACCAAAGCUAAUGAUCAUUCUGAUUCCAUUCUAUUCUCACGAUCUGAUUUGAUUUCGGAGCUGUGGGUUUUAUUGAAAAAAAUAACAAGAAAAAAAAAAUUAAAAGCAAAAUGAUGCAGUCGUUGAUGAGCAUGAAGGCUUGCGUGGGUACGAGGUUACCAGUUUUAACGAACUCCGAGGCGAGUACGAGGAAGCAGCGCGUGAAUUAUCCGAACCGUAGGUAUGGGAGAAAUGUGAUUGUUUCGUGCGGUUUGGAGAGGAAUGGGAACGAAGGAAUGGGUUCGAACGAAGGUUCGUUUAGCCAUAAUUACGCUAUCUUGAAGCACCGGAUGGAGAAAGUGGCUAAGUCCGAGUAUUACGAAGAGGCUGCGAGGAUUCGUGACUCGCUCAAGUGCUUCGAAGAUGAGGUUCCCGUUCUGCGUCUUCGGAGAUUGUUGAAGGAAGCCGUUGCUGAUGAGAGGUUUCAGGACGCAGCCAGAUAUCGUGAUGAGCUCAAAGCAAUUGCUCCACAUUCUCUCUUAAAAUGCUCAAGUGAUGCGACAACCUUGGGAAUCCGUGUCCAAGUUAAGAGUGCAUAUAUAGAGGCCAGAAGUCAGCCUUCAGAGGAGGUAUAUUUCUAUGAAUACAGAAUCAGAAUUACCAAUAAUACAAACCGCCCUGUUCAACUUCUCAGAAGGCAUUGGAUUAUAUCUGAUGCUAAUGGGAAAAUUGAAAAUAUCUGGGGAAUUGGAGUUGUUGGUGAACAACCAGCUAUCUUUCCAAGGAGUAGUUUUGAAUUCUCUUCUACAUGCCCUUUAAGCACACAAAAUGGUAGAAUGGAAGGUGACUUUGAGAUGAUAUAUGUUGAUCGAGUAGGCUCAAGAGCAUUUAAUGUUGCCGUUGCCCCUUUCUCACUCUCUCUACUUGGAGAUGGUGAAACUACUUGAGAAUUGAGAUAGAAUGGCAGCAUCACCUUCUCAUAUUGUUCCAAAUAAGCAUAAUUAACUUCUCAUAUAAUUAGUGAUAGUAAAUGUUUUGCUGGACGUACAAAUUUCUUUCUUAUUUUUUCUAUUUGACGUUAUUGUCUUGUUUUGGGGUGGUGUGUACAGAACUCCAGGAAGAAAUUAAAUCAUUUUUCAU